AUGGACAACGUCGCAGAUAGUGAAAUGCUCGUUGAUGAAUACGAACAAUUUCAACAUGACAGAACCGAUGAUGUCGUCGUUUCUCAGUCCGGCUCUGAGGAGCCAGACGCUGAGCCCCCUGCGGAUGACUUUCCGGCUGUGAUGGCCCGCGUCCUCCCAAAAGACCCAGAUCUUGAAACCGAAGAUGAAACUUGGCACACAUGGAACAUUCAGGACUGGCGGAAGUUGAAAAAGAAGGAGCAUGGACCAGUCUUUCAGUGCGGCGGAUCCCCGUGGCGGGUACUUUUCUUUCCUUAUGGAAACCACGUCGAACACGCUUCCUUCUAUCUAGAGCAUGCCUGGGAAGACGAACCGCCCGCGAACUGGUAUGCCUGCGUGCAAUUUUCACUGGUGCUUUGGAAUCCAAACGAUCCAUCCAUUCAACUUUCACAUGUCGCUACUCAUAGAUUUAAUGCGGACGAGGGUGAUUGGGGUUUCACGCGGUUCUGCGAGCUUCGUAGGCUCUUCACCGUGCCAUGGGAAGGGCACGGAGUCCCUCUUGUACAGAAUGACGAGGCCAAUGUCACCGCAUAUAUUCGUGUUGUCAAAGAUCCGACGGGUGUUUUAUGGCACAGCUUCCAGAACUAUGACUCAAAGAAAGAAACCGGCAUGGUUGGGUUGAAGAAUCAGGGAGCGACGUGUUAUCUGAAUUCAUUACUGCAGUCACUAUAUUUCACCAAUGCAUUCCGAAAGGCCGUUUACCAGAUCCCAACGGAAGCGGAGGCAUCACGAGAUAACAGCGCCUGGACCCUUCAGAGGCUCUUCAACAACCUCCAAACGAGCGACUAUCCUGUUUCGACAACGGAGCUUACGGCAUCGUUUGGUUGGGAGUCGAGGCAGAUUUUUGAACAGCAGGAUGUCCAGGAACUAUCGCGAAAGUUAAUGGAGAGGCUAGAGGAGAAGAUGAAGGGUACCCCGGCGGAAAAGGCACUUCCCGAUAUGUUUGUUGGAAAAUCGAAAACGUAUAUUUCAUGCAUUAAUGUCGACUACGAAUCAUCACGAGUGGAAGAUUUCUGGGAUAUUCAGCUGAACGUGAGGAACAACAAGACGCUUGAUGACAGUUUCAAGGACUAUAUCCAAGUGGAGAGACUCGAGGGCGAAAACAAAUACGACGCGGGUCAACCGUACGGUUUGCAAGAUGCCGACAAAGGAGAGAUCUUUGAGAGCUUCCCUCCUGUGUUACACCUACACCUGAAACGUUUUGAAUAUGAUAUCCACCGAGAUGCGAUGAUGAAGAUUAAUGACCGACAUGCGUUCCCGAUGGAAUUUGAUGCCUCCCCCUAUCUUUCGAAGGAUGCCGACAAGUCCGAGUCAUGGAUUUAUGAAUUACAUGGUGUGCUAGUCCACAGCGGUGACCUGAACGCGGGUCACUACUUUGCUUUCCUGAAGCCAACCAAAGAUGGGCACUGGUACCGCUUUGAUGACGACCGGGUAACCCGAGCGACAGAUAAAGAAGUGCUCGAAGAAAACUAUGGCGGAGAGUAUGAGCUUCCCAACGGUUCGGUUGGAGUGAGACAGCCGUAUACUCGAGCGCUAUCCACAAAGCGAUCAACGAACGCCUACAUGUUGGUUUAUGUCCGCAAAUCCAGAUCGGAUGAUGUUCUCUUCCCGAUAACGAAAGAGGACGUGCCUACUCAUAUUGAAAAACGACUAGUUGAAGAACGUGCGGACCUGGCACGUAGAAGGAAGGAGCGAGAAGAGGCUCACUUGUAUAUCAAUGUUGGAGUCUUGUCGGAAGAGACCUUCAAAUACCAUAAUGGGUUUGAUUUAACGAGUUCCGAGCAGCCGGCCGAAGAAGCGGCUUUCCCGAAACCGUAUCGACUCCUCAGGACCACCAAGGUUGGCGAAUUUGCGGAAAAUAUUGCAGAGGAGAAAGGAGUGAACCCGCUCCAAAUUCGGUUCUGGGUCAUGGUCAACAGGCAGAACAAGACAAUGCGACCUGAUCAAGUCAUUAAGGACCCGGAAAUGACAGUGGAAGAGGCGUAUAGCCGAUAUGGCACCAAGGGCAAUGCAUUCAGGGUCUGGGUGGAGGUCGGAGAAGCGUCUGCCGAUGGCACCGUGUCUUGGCCUGACAGCUCUACCUCGGUGCUCAUCUUCUUGAAGCACUUUGACGUGCUCAAGCAAACUUUGAAUGGAGUCGGUGCGGUGUAUGUACGGAAGACCCAGAAGGUUGCAGACCUUGCACCCACAAUACUCGAGACCAUGAGUUGGCCGGCCGGAACCGAAUUUGUCCUUUACGAGGAGAUCAAACACAACAUGAUCGACCUCAUGAAGCCGAAGCAGACGUUCCAGCAAUCCGAGAUUCAGGAUGGCGACAUUAUCACCUUCCAGAAGUCCAUCAAAGAAUCGGAGCUGCCUCCGACAGCGAUCUAUCCGGAUGCCAAACUCUAUUACGAUUAUUUGCUGAACCGUGUCAACAUCACCUUUGCGCCGAUUAAGACGACUGGAGGCGAAGAGUUUACCCUGGUUCUUAGCAAAAAGAUGUCGUACGACCAGUUUUCCAAGAAGGUUGGCGAGCAUUUGGGCGUUGAUUAUACGCAUUUGCGUUUCUCACCGGUCGUCGCCAAUAGCGGAAAAGCCAAGGGUUUCAUCAAGAGGAAUGCGAACCAGACUGCACAGACUCUGCAGACAGUUCUGGGUACGCAGAUAUCUGGUUACGGAAUUAAUGUUGUUCGGCAAGAUGCACUAUAUUAUGAGGUCCUGGAAACAAGCUUAAGCGAUUUCGAGUCUAAGGUCUGCCUCCGCGUGACAUGGCUUUCCGAGGGCAUCACUAAAGAGCAAACUGUGGAAGUUUUGGUACCCCGUGAAGGAUCAGUAACCGAUGUCCUAGCUGGCUUACAGAAGAAGGCGGGCUUGGACGACGAAACGAUUAGCAAUGCUCGUGUCUUCGAGGUGCACAAUUACAAGAUAUACAAGGAGUUCCCGCAAGACAGCAAAUUCGGCGGUACCAACGACUUUGUCGCCUUAUAUGCGGAGAAAACCCCAGAGGAAGAAUUGAAUAUGGAGUCCGGUUCAAAGACGAUCAAUGCUUACAACUUUGACAAGGAAACCAACAAGCCGCACGGCGUGCCUUUCAAAUUUGUUAUGAAACCAGGAGAAAUAUUCAAAGAGACCAAGGAACGACUAUCGAAGCGAACCGGCCUCAAGGGGAAGCGAUUUGAGAAGGUCAAGUUUGCUGUUGUUCCCCGCCAGCUUUACUCAACCCCACGAUAUCUGGAAGAUGAUGAUAUACUCUCAGAUGUAAUCGGUGACUCCGACGACAUGCUCGGUCUGGACCACCCGAGUAAGAAACAGAACUUUUGGAACAGAAGCGAAUCCUUCUUCAUCAGAUAA